CAGGCUGUUUUGUGCAGGCUGUCCCUCUCCUUCGAAAUCAAGCAUCCCCUCCCCGAAGCAGCAAGCAGUGUGCCUCCAUUCGGCCACAUUUGGUAUGCAUGAGCACGGCUGCAGGGAGAGGGGAGGUGGCUUUUUUAAGAAGGUUCAGGGGCUCAGGAAAGCCACUUGACUAGACUCCCAAGUUCCAGGAAUCCUCUGCCCUAAUGGAAUUUGCAGGUGUGGAGAUGACCAUGGGAUGCCAGGGCCGUGGAGGGCCGUUUAUUUUCUAGGCAUUGCCCAGAUUUGCAGUCUCUGGUCUUCCCGGUGGAAUUUGGAAGGGGUCAUGAAUCAGACUGAUGCUUCUCGACCCCUAAAUUGGACCAUCCGAAAGCUAUGCCACGCAGCUUUUCUCCCAUCUGUCAGACUUCUCAAGGCUCAGAAAUCCUGGAUUGAACGAGCAUUUUACAAAAGAGAAUGUGUUCACAUCAUACCCAGCACCAAAGACCCCCAUAGGUGUUGCUGUGGGCGCCUAAUAGGCCAGCAUGUCGGGCUCACUCCCAGUAUCUCUGUGCUUCAGAACGAGAAAAAUGAGAGUCGCCUCUCCCGAAAUGACAUCCAGUCUGAGAAGUGGUCCAUCAGCAAGCACACUCAGCUCAGCCCAACAGAUGCUUUUGGGACCAUUGAGUUCCAAGGAGGUGGCCAUUCCAACAAAGCCAUGUAUGUUCGAGUAUCUUUUGAUACGAAACCUGAUCUCUUACUACACCUGAUGACCAAGGAAUGGCAACUGGAGCUUCCCAAACUUCUCAUCUCUGUGCACGGAGGUCUCCAGAACUUUGAACUCCAGCCCAAACUCAAGCAAGUCUUCGGGAAAGGGCUCAUCAAAGCAGCCAUGACAACCGGAGCAUGGAUCUUCACGGGAGGGGUCAACACAGGAGUCAUUCGUCAUGUUGGAGAUGCCUUGAAGGACCAUGCCUCUAAGUCUCGAGGGAAGAUAUGUACCAUAGGUAUCGCCCCCUGGGGAAUUGUGGAAAACCAGGAGGACCUGAUUGGAAGAGAUGUUGUCCGGCCAUACCAGACCAUGUCCAACCCCAUGAGCAAGCUCACCGUCCUCAACAGCAUGCAUUCCCACUUCAUCCUGGCUGACAAUGGGACCACGGGAAAAUAUGGAGCAGAGGUGAAACUCCGCAGACAACUGGAAAAGCACAUCUCACUCCAGAAGAUAAACACAAGAUGCCUGCCGUUUUUCUCUCUUGACUCCCGCUUGUUUUAUUCAUUUUGGGGUAGUUGCCAAUUAGACCCAAUUGGAAUUGGCCAAGGGGUUCCAGUGGUGGCGCUCAUAGUGGAAGGAGGACCCAACGUGAUCUCGAUCGUUUUGGAGUACCUUCGAGACACCCCUCCUGUACCAGUCGUGGUCUGUGAUGGGAGUGGACGGGCAUCCGACAUCCUGGCAUUUGGGCAUAAAUAUUCAGAAGAAGGCGGACUUAUCAAUGAAUCCUUGAGGGACCAGCUGUUGGUGACAAUACAGAAGACCUUCACAUACACUCGCACCCAAGCUCAGCACCUCUUCAUCAUCCUCAUGGAAUGCAUGAAGAAGAAGGAACUGAUCACAGUAUUUCGAAUGGGAUCAGAAGGCCACCAGGACAUUGAUUUAGCUAUCCUGACAGCAUUACUCAAAGGAGCCAAUGCAUCUGCCCCAGACCAACUGAGCUUGGCUUUAGCCUGGAACAGAGUUGACAUCGCUCGCAGUCAGAUCUUUAUUUACGGGCAACAGUGGCCGGUAGGGUCCCUGGAGCAAGCCAUGCUGGACGCCCUGGUUCUGGACAGAGUGGAUUUUGUAAAAUUACUCAUCGAGAAUGGAGUAAGCAUGCACCGUUUCCUCACCAUCUCCAGACUAGAGGAACUGUACAACACGAGACAUGGGCCCUCAAACACAUUGUACCACUUGGUCAGGGAUGUCAAAAAGCGAGAGUAUCCAGGUUUCGGUUGGAUCUAUUUUAAGGGAAACCUGCCCCCGGACUACAGAAUCAGCCUCAUAGACAUUGGCCUAGUGAUUGAGUACCUGAUGGGCGGGGCUUACCGCUGCAACUACACCCGCAAGCGCUUCCGGACCCUCUACCACAAUCUGUUUGGCCCCAAAAGGCCCAAAGCCUUGAAACUGCUGGGAAUGGAGGAUGACAUUCCCUUGAGGAGAGGAAGAAAGACAACUAAAAAGCGUGAAGAGGAGGUAGACAUUGACUUGGAUGACCCCGAGAUCAACCACUUCCCCUUCCCCUUCCAUGAGCUGAUGGUGUGGGCUGUCCUCAUGAAGAGGCAGAAGAUGGCCCUGUUCUUCUGGCAGCACGGAGAGGAAGCCAUGGCCAAAGCCCUGGUGGCCUGCAAGCUCUGCAAAGCCAUGGCUCAUGAGGCCUCUGAGAAUGACAUGGUUGAUGACAUUUCCCAGGAGCUGAACCACAACUCCAGGGACUUUGGCCAGCUGGCUGUGGAACUCUUGGACCAGUCCUAUAAGCAGGAUGAGCAGCUGGCUAUGAAACUGCUAACAUAUGAGUUGAAGAACUGGAGCAAUGCCACAUGCCUGCAGCUGGCUGUGGCUGCCAAGCACCGUGACUUCAUUGCACACACGUGCAGCCAGAUGUUACUUACUGACAUGUGGAUGGGCCGGCUCCGCAUGCGCAAGAACUCGGGCCUCAAGGUAAUUCUGGGAAUUCUACUUCCUCCUUCAAUUCUCAGCUUGGAGUUCAAGAACAAAGACGACAUGCCCUAUAUGACUCAGGCCCAAGAAAUUCACCUCCAAGAGAAGGAGCCAGAGGAGCCAGAGAAGACCACAAAGGAGAAAGAUGAAGAGGACAUGGAGCUAACAGCGAUGCUGGGGCGAAACAAUGGGGAAUCAUCCAGAAAGAAGGACGAAGAAGAAGUCCAAAGCAGGCACCGGCUAAUCCCCGUGGGCCGAAAAAUCUAUGAGUUCUACAAUGCACCCAUUGUGAAGUUCUGGUUCUACACUCUGGCAUACAUCGGCUACCUGAUGCUCUUCAAUUACAUCGUGUUAGUGAAGAUGGAGCGCUGGCCGUCCACUCAGGAAUGGAUCGUCAUCUCCUACAUCUUCACGCUGGGAAUUGAGAAGAUGAGAGAGAUCCUGAUGUCAGAGCCUGGCAAGCUGCUGCAGAAGGUGAGGGUGUGGCUGCAGGAAUACUGGAACGUCACCGACCUCAUCGCUAUCCUUCUCUUCUCGGUGGGAAUGAUCCUCCGUCUUCAAGACCAGCCCUUCAGGAGCGACGGGAGGGUCAUCUACUGUGUGAACAUCAUUUAUUGGUACAUCCGUUUGCUGGACAUCUUCGGCGUGAACAAGUAUCUGGGCCCAUAUGUAAUGAUGAUUGGGAAAAUGAUGAUAGACAUGAUGUACUUUGUCAUCAUUAUGCUGGUGGUACUGAUGAGCUUUGGGGUCGCCAGACAAGCCAUCCUCUUUCCCAAUGAGGAGCCAUCUUGGAAACUGGCCAAGAAUAUCUUCUACAUGCCAUAUUGGAUGAUUUAUGGGGAAGUGUUUGCAGACCAGAUAGACCGUAAGCAAGUUUAUGAUUCUCAUACACCAAAGUCAGCCCCCUGUGGACAGAAUGAGACCCGAGAAGAUGGCAAGACAAUCCAGCUACCUCCAUGCAAGACAGGAGCAUGGAUUGUGCCGGCCAUCAUGGCCUGCUAUCUCCUGGUGGCAAACAUCCUUCUGGUCAACCUCCUUAUUGCUGUCUUCAACAAUACAUUUUUUGAGGUAAAGUCGAUAUCCAACCAAGUAUGGAAAUUUCAGAGGUACCAACUCAUCAUGACGUUCCACGAGAGGCCGGUUCUGCCCCCACCGCUCAUCAUCUUCAGCCACAUGACCAUGAUAUUCCAACAUGUGUGUUGCCGGUGGAGGAAACACGAGAGUGACCCAGAUGAAAGAGACUACGGCCUGAAACUCUUCAUAACUGAUGAUGAGCUCAAGAAAGUCCAUGAUUUUGAAGAGCAGUGCAUAGAAGAGUAUUUCAGAGAGAAGGACGACCGCUUCAACUCAUCCAACGACGAGAGGAUACGGGUGACAUCAGAAAGGGUGGAGAACAUGUCCAUGAGGUUGGAGGAAGUUAACGAGCGAGAACACUCCAUGAAGGCGUCGCUCCAGACCGUGGACAUCCGACUGGCUCAACUGGAGGACCUCAUCGGACGCAUGGCCACAGCCCUGGAGCGCCUGACGGGUCUGGAGAGGGCGGAAUCCAACAAGAUCCGCUCAAGAACCUCCUCAGACUGCACAGAUGCAGCCUACAUCGUCCGCCAGAGCAGCUUCAAUAGCCAGGAGGGAAACACCUUCAAACUUCAAGAGAGUAUAGACCCUGCAGGUGAGGAGACCAUAUCCCCAACUUCUCCAACCUUAAUGCCCCGUAUGCGAAGCCAUUCUUUCUAUUCGGUCAAUGUGAAAGAGAAAGGUGGGCUAGAAAAGCUGGAAAGCAUUUUCAAAGAAAGGUCCCUGAGCUUACACCGAGCUACUAGCUCCCACUCAGUAGCAAAAGAACCCAAAGCUCCUGCAGCCCCUGCAAACACCUUGGCCAUUGUUCCGGACUCCAGAAGACCCUCUUCAUGCAUAGACAUCUAUGUCUCUGCCAUGGAUGAGCUCCACUGUGAUAUAGACCCUCUGGAUAGUUCCAUGAACAUCCUGGGGCUGGGCGAGCCAAGCUUUUCAACUCUAGCGCCUUCCACAGCCCCUUCAAGUAGUGCCUAUGCAACCCUCGCACCGACAGACCGACCUCCAAGCAGGAGCAUUGAUUUUGAAGACCUCACCUCCAUGGACACUCGAUCUUUUUCUUCAGACUAUACCCACCUCCCAGAAUGCCAAAACCCCUGGGACACAGACCCUCCAAUGUACCACACCAUCGAGCGUUCCAAGAGUAGCCGCUACCUAGCAGCUGCACCCUUUCUCCUAGAAGAGGCCCCCAUUGUAAAAUCCCAUAGCUUUAUGUUUUCUCCUUCAAGGAGUUACUAUGCUAACUUUGGGGUGCCCGUGAAAACAGCAGAAUACACAAGUAUUACCGACUGUAUCGACACAAGAUGUGUCAAUGCCCCUCAAGCGAUUGCUGACAGAGCCACCUUCCCUGGUGGUCUCGGAGACAAAGCAGAGGACUUAUCUUGUUGCCACCCUGAGCGAGAGGCAGAGCUCAGCCAUCCUAGCUCUGACAGUGAGGAAAAUGAGGGCAGAGGCCGGAGAGCUGCCAAUCCGAUCUCCUCUCAGGAGGCUGAAAAUGCAGACAGAACCCUAUCCAACAACAUCACAGUUCCCAAGAUAGAGCGCGCUAACAGCUACUCAGCAGAGGAGCCAAGUGCGCCAUAUGCACAUACCAGGAAGAGUUUCUCCAUCAGUGACAAGCUUGAUAGACAGAGGAACACCUCAAGCCUACGAAAUCCCUUCCAGAGAAGUAAGUCCUCCAAGCCGGAGGGCCGAGGGGACAGCCUAUCCAUGAGGAGAUUGUCUAGAACAUCAGCUUUUCACAGCUUUGAGAGCAAGCACAACUAAACCUUCUUAACGUGUGUUGCAGGAGGCUCGAGAAUCCAGCACUAAAACUCUCCCCAUGUCCACCUUGUCCCCCCACUUCCUUGAGUUAUAUCCGCUUUACUCUUAGCUGAGCAAAACAUUGCCUUGGGAGAUGUUAACUCAAAGGUAACCUCUGGGCCACAGGUCAAGCAAGCAUUCCGUCUGGCCCAGUGCCAAACACAGGGUUUUCUGGCAUGUUGACACUUGUUGGGAAGGGAGGGGAAAAGAGGACGGAAAGGGUUUAGAGAUGAAUGCGUAUCACCAGGCACCACAGAAAGCCACGAGCUCUGGGGAACGAGCUCAAGCAUUCUCCAUGCCAGCAGGCAUCUUGGGACUUCUGCCCUGUUACCAAGAGUUGAGGAGACAGGGCUAAAAUUACAAAAUAAGAUAAAAUAGCCAGCAUGCAAGAUGAGAUAUUCUAAACUUCCAUUCUGUUUUCUUUUCACAUUGGUUCCAUCACUGGUGACUGAUGAAGAACAUCCCUUUUAUUCAGUAUAAGCCGGCAGCAAGCAGUUCUACCUAACGUCCCACAUCCUUCUCAUGCCAACACUUCUGUAAUUGGUCAUUAUAAAGAAAAACAAGGUAACAGUCAUAUAUACAGUUCGCCUGUCUCUUAUAUAUUCACUUCUGGUGCCACAACUGUUUAUCUCUUUAGAAGAAAUAAGGGAACAGAAUUGCCUUUUUUUGUCCUUUUUGUCUUGCAAUCGAAAUGAAAGAAGAGUUGAUGUUGAAAGCAAGAGUGAUAUGAUUUAUAAUAUGCCAUGGGCAACCAAGUGUAUAGUCAAGCAAGCUCAGGACGAAUGUAACCAGAUAAUUUUAUAUUUGUAAGUUAUUUUGUAUCUCACCUGUCAUCAGUGAAUUCACUCAUCCAAUAUGUAAUAUUGAACUUUAAGAAAAACAGCAAUGGGAAGAACUAACAUUACGUUGUCGCGGGGGAUGUUGUUACAGUCACACCAUCCAUAGUGUGUCAUGCUGCUGUGUGGCCUUCUUCAUUUGCAUGUCUCCACUAUGUCCUCCGAGCACCUUCAAGAUGUUACUGCCAAAUUCCCACACCACUCAUCACAUGACCAUUUUGUAUUUGAACACAUGGUUAUAUGUGGAUAUUUUCAUACCUAGAAUUUAGCCAUCGAAUCUGGGCUCAGCAUAAACUUAAUCGGAGUUUCUCAAGGGCUGGUAUCAUUUUUAUGGAAAUGUUCCAAAGUACUUUUGUUUUGUUUUGCUUUUUUCCAAGACAGGGUUUCUUGUUUGUAACAGCUCUGACUGUCCUGAAACUCACUUUGUAGUCCAGGCUGGUCUCGAACUCACAGAGAUCUGCCUGCCCCUGCCUCCCUAGUGCUGGGAUUAAAGGUUUGUGCCACCGCUGCCUGGCCCCAAAGUGUUUUUUAAGGAAGUUUAAAAACCAUAAAUAAUCUUAGACUUGACUGGGGGCUUGACAUCUACCCAAAGCCAUCAGUUGCAGGCAGACCAUGAAUAUGUUUAUUUACAAAGUUAUAAAAAAGGUGUAGUAGGCCAAAAGAGAAAGCAAAUAUAGCUUAUGCAUAAUUCUAUAGUUUAUGCUGUUUAUGUAUACACACACAUGCACAGAUACAUGUUUAUAUACAGUAAUAAAGCAGACAGAGAAAUUUCUUAACAGGCUUGACUUCCUGUCAUCUGAAGGUAUAGCCAAGAUUAUUUUUUAAUAUUGAAGAAGCUUCACUGGAAAAAGUUUCACUGUGCUAUUGGACCCACUGCUGAAAUUACAAUUUUUAAAAAGUCUCUGCCUUUUUAAUCUUUUCUUACACUGAACAAGAACUGUCAAAGUGGUUCACCCUUGCCCUCUGCCUCCUCCUGUUUGGAAGCACGCACUAUCGUGACAUCUCUUUCACUCUGGUUUCUCUGGCAGGAAGCUAUUACCACCAAAUACAAUCGGAAUAGAUGUGUGAUUCCAAGCUAGUUUGUAUUACACAGUCUAGAAUGGAGGCAUAAGUUUCUAAACUAGAAGCUAGAUUUGAAGUGGAAUAAGAAAAUCUCGACCACAAAACUUUGGAUUCCUAUUUGGAUCACUGAAUAUUUUAAAAUAAUAAAGUCUUUAAGAAAACUAAUUUGGAGCCAGGAGUAGUGGUGAUACACACCUGUGAUCCCGGUACUUGGAGAGAUGAGGCAGGAGGAUGAGGAAUUCAAAGUCAACCUCUGCUACACAUCAAGGUCAAGGCCAAUCUGGACUACAUGAGACCCUGUCAAGAAAAAGGAAAAAAAGAAAAGAAAACAUAAAAAGAAAAAUAUUCUGAGGCUAGGGCUGGGGCUCACUUCCUUAGCAUACUCAAGGCCCUGUGUUCCAUACCCAGUGGGGGGUGGGGGGGAGAGAAGGAGGAGGAAGGGAGAGAGGAAAAACAGAAACAUGAUUCAUGUCCCUGGCCCCAGAUGCUCUCUGGUUCUUUUAACCAUUUAUCUCAUUUGGUGACAUCAAGUCAAUCCCUCACAAAACCUCUAGCCAUAUAUAUGGAACCAAGCUUAAGGAACCAAGCUUUUCAUCCUAAAACAAGUGGCAAGCUCACAUACUUGUAGAAUCAGUUUUCAUCCUUGGUAUUUCGGUAACACCCAACCUCUUCGUUGAAAACUAUGCUGGAGACACAUCCUUAUUGAUCUCUCUCCCAACAGACAUGCAUUGAAUCCCAGAGUAAAUCAUUUGACUCUAAGCUUCCUUGAGCCAUGAGUCCCUGUGAGCACCUCACGGAAACUUUGAGCCCUGUCACACACACACCCCCAAUUCACAUCCAUGUGAAGCUGCAAUGUAACUUUCAGGGGUUCAUGACUCCCCUGUUUCCACGGUGGCUGAUGAAGAGAGAGACCACGUUCAUUAGCAGCCAAGCUGAAACAGGCACCAAACACUUUUAGACCAUUUCCCUGUGACUCUUUGGAAGGCCAUGUCCCUGCGCUUCUGUCCCUUAGAGUAGAUACGGUUAGCUGGAUGUGGUUGGGCCACUUCCAUGACUUUGAUUAGCAAGGAUUCUCAAAGGCAGAGACUGAGGGAAUCCAUGGAGAAGUCCAAGAAAAUGAGUUUGUCAUCUGUGACCACAGGGCAGGUGCCAAGCACUGUGGGGCCUGGCUUGGGACCUCACUGGAAGCAAGGGAGAGAAAGGACAAGCCUGAGUGUCUCUGUUGGUUGUGACCACCUGAGAGAAAGAACGUGACUUGGGAAAGGAAACACUUAACAGUCCUGAGCUUUUGUUCUGCAUGAAAAUUAAGUGCUAGCCUCCUUGGUGAAGUGUGUAGAAUCUCUAAGCCAAAUGUCAACAACUUCAGACACAAACUGUGUAGGCCUCAUAAGCCAUCUCUUUCCUGUACGUGUGUGUGUGUGUGUGUGUGUGUGUGUGUGUGUGUGUGUGUGUGUGUUCUUUUCAGUCCCAUCUCCUUCCAUGUCUGGGUUCUCUGCACCAGUGUGGCAUCGAUUCUGUGGCCUUGUACAGACUGCUUGUGUUCAGCUCAUCCGUCCCACCAUGUCCCUGAUGGAGGGGACCUUGAUUACCUGCCUCGUGAAUUAAGCAGCUCAUGAGCAGCCGGUCAUUGAAGACCAUACAUACUUAAAGUCAUAGAGGGCUCAAGAAAGAGAUAGCAUAUUUAAUCGUCUGCUUCAUAGGUGCCAAUUUUUAUAUACUGCAAUGUGUAAUGAUUUGUUCUAAAUUGCUUGCUUGUUCCUUUUGGGGAAGAAAUGAUGGAUGUUUUAUAAAAAAAAUGGCCAUAUUUUAUAUUUACAGUUAGAAACUGAUAGAUUUGAAUGGAGUGCUAGAACGCAAGAGGAUAGUUGUCGUGGCCAGUUUGUGUUUCUGCAAGUCAAAGGAGGACAGUCAGAGUGCGGCACUUUAUAGACCUGGGUGUUUCUUUAAUGUCGAAGCUUCCAGGGCCAGCUAAUACUUAGCACUUUGAAAGUUCCCCCUUUGGAAAAAACAAUAUAUAUACAUAUGCCAGAAUAAUGAAAUGGGGGGAGGGGCACUUGUGAAAACACAAAAUGUGUUUCUUCUGAAUGUUACAAAUGUAUUUUCAAAUCCGGUUUCUAUAGAUAACAUUAUGGUAGAUCACUGGAUAGUACGUUUCUUUUCGUCUUCCUGCAGCUGUACAGUCUAAUCUCCCUGGGUGUUUGGGAUGUUUGAUUUCCUUAAAGGCAAUAUUAUCCAGUUAUCCAUCAUGCUCUAUCUAUAGGCUCUGACAUGUGACAUGUUGGGCGAUGCUGUAUUAUAAAACACAUGUAAACCUAUCUGUAACCUGUGUUUAACCCAGCAUAGUUGUAGCAUGUGGUUGUAUUAAUGAACGUCGCAGGACCGCUUUCUACUCAUUUAUAAACCUGUAACAUUCAAUAAAGAAGCACAUGAGCAAGGAUUGAUGACGUUCCCAUUUCCAUGUUAUUUGGCAGCUUCUGGCAAUGGGCGUUUUUGUUCCUGGUCUUCAUUAUGUUGCCCAUACUCCUCAGACUACUGUAAAAUGUUUGUGUAAGCUGAUGGCCAUCCUCUACCAGGUCCCGCUAGCUGUGAGAGGCAGGGUAUGGUUGUGUGAUGGACAAGCUGCCAUGUUAUGCAAAAUACUAUAUAACCAAUGAACUUAAAUAUUUUAAACUCCAGUUGAAUCGGCUGUUUGUUUACGUCUGCUGACCCCGUGUGGAAGCCGUAUACAGUAUUUGGUAAAUACGUUCAUUCAGUAGCGCUGUCUGUUCUAGAUAAAGUGAUGCUAACGUUUAGGCGGCUGUAUACUUGUAGGCCUAGAUGUUGCGUUCAACCCGCUAAUCCUUCCAAUAGCGAUGUGACUUGACUGAAGUAACCCCUCUCCAAACUAAGUCUUAAUGUUGCACCAGCACAACGCAUGCUGUGCUUUAUGCACCAGUCUUGACUCUGUUUAGCGUACUUAACGUUUUACUCUUGUCUGCUGCAGUGCUUAAGACAGUUAGGGGCCCAAGCAAACUGUUGGGCUUCUUUAACUGCAGCUUCUUUCUGGUUUCAGAAAUUAAACCAAGUAAUCAAGGCUUCCUUUUGUUUCAAGUUUGUACAGCUCUGAACAAAUAAUAUAGCUAGAGUAUCCCCUGCAAGUCGCAAUAGCUAGGGCCCCAGAGAUGGCAAAGCAGCACCACUUUGGAGUCCCAGGGUCUAGGUGCCGGGGCAUCUGUGGCAUGAAAGACAUGCCUUGGAUUCUUUAGAGCUUCCUAGGUGCAAAUUGCUCAACCAGAGAUGAAAGCCAAGGGUCCAUGGUGGCAGGACAGGAAUGCAUGGACGCUAUGGGUGAAUGGUCCCACGCUAGUGGACGAGGACCCCCCCCUUGUCCUGUGCCUUUCACACCCAUGGGGGAGCUGGGUCCAGAGGUGGGAACGGGCAAUUGCUUGAUGAAGCAUCAGGUGACUCCAAAGAGUUUAUUCUUUAAAGAAGUCGCGGUUCCAUGGUUACAAGCCAUUCAACAUCUGGAAAGGGAUGGAUCCAACUUGCACAGUCAAAAUGCUCCCAAAAUGAGCAGGGAAACCUUUUCUCUCCACCAGCUUUGCCCUGUGCUGUCUCUUGUGUCUACGAGUCAAGCAUUCUGUCUCUCAGAUUAGAGUCAAUAAAAGAAGGGGUUGGCUCUGAUUAAAAAAGAACAACUUUUUCUUCUCUUUUUCAAAUUAAUUUCAGAGAGUGUUAAUGUCUCCUUUGCUCUCAUGAUCUCUUUGCACUGAUUACCCCUAAUAAAAGCCAAGAUAUUCUGAUUUCUGUGUGUCAUCUAAGAGGGGAUGGAGGUGACCAAGUCACCCGGAUUAAUCAAAAGAAGCGGUUUGUUUCCUAACUUUCCUGGAAUAACUGGCCACCUUCUGCUGGCAGCACAUGGAUCCCUGCACUGGCAGUGGGUUUGGAAACUGAAACAAUGGACAUCUAUGUAGAUGCCCAUAGAUUGGUGGGCAUCAGUGCCAGCCAUGACUCCAGCCUCUGGGGGGAGGCAGAUUCCUGAAGAAUGUGAGGCACAGGGUGAAAUCAGCCUUGGGCCUGGGGUUGCAGUCUUUUUUUUUUUUUUGUUCCCUUUUCUUUCCUUUUCUUUAGUCUAAAGUCUAAAGCUAGCUCCUUUUUUUUUCUAUGUGUGUGAGACCAACAGACUCAUCCAUUACCUCAUAUGGACCCCCAAACAGUAACCCCAAACAUUGACUACAUGGGAAAAGCCAGAUGUUCUGAAUUUGUCCCGGGUCUGGGCUCCCAGCUGACUUCACCUCCUCCCUCCAUACAUGUUCCUAACGUGGCUACUGUGACAUCUGUCACAGCUGAAUCUGAAUCGCCUGUCUGAAUCCUGCAAGGCCCUCUACAUCUCUACCCAGUCACCUGCCUCUCCAUGAAGGGAUGACAAAUUCAAUCCAAGACCCAGAUCUAGAACACAAAAGAAUGGGCCUAGGAAAGACAAUGCAAGCAAAAUCUGUUGACCAUGAAAACAUGUAUGUCCCAACAGAAAGAUUCAGAUGUGGGCUUUCAAGCCCUGUGCUAGCCUCCCAGGUGUCUGCAGCACGAUUCUCAAUGGCCAUGUCAGGGGGCCUCUGAUUUGAAGCCAAGCGGGGCCUGAUCUAUGACUCUCACACAGAGCAAACACAUCAAAUACACUCAAGAACUUCAAGUUGGGAGAGGCAGUUCACGCUAUUUGGGGUGACUCGUAGAGAACUUCCAUGGAUGUUGAGAGCAUGUUUCACUGGAUCCAAACACAGGACCAGUGUGAGGGAGACUAUGAGGAAGGAUGUUGUAGCAUGUGAAGACUUAACCUGCUUCCUGUCACUGGAGUAUCUCACCUGAGUUUCUCUUGCUGCUCCCACCGUGGAAGUCAGCCCGUGUCGUCAGUACACUACACUCAUGGUCAUUUCCUAAUAUAGCACUUAGACUGUCGCUUGUCAAUGAGUUGAUUCUAGUUUACAAUGGGGGGAAUUAUUCAGACACCAUUUUUAAAUGAAUUCCUAUAAAUACAAUGAUUUUCAAGUUGGGUUUACUAAACAUACAUACAUCUUUUCUUCCUUUCAUGUAUGAUAGAAAGAGGUUUGCAUAUCUACUGACACUGGAUAUAUAUAUAUAUAUAUAUAUAUAUAUAUAUAUAUCCAGAGGCAUUGUUCUUUUUUAACGGUCUGUUAUUGGAUUCACAAUGCACUUUGAGCUUGUCUGUUUAGAUCUAUAAUUUGAAGCAGAAGUUGGCAGAUGCUACAGGCAAAGAACUUUCUGGAAUUUCUGUAACAAUUGUUUUGCAAUAAAAAAAAUA